UGGCCAAACAGAGGGAAGACUCUCCGUCGACGAGAAUCCAACGCUUUUCACAUAUCCGCCCACCGGAACCAGUGGCCUGAGCAUCACCAUUAAGGACUAUAUGUGUCUCAAGGAAGGCUCAUUUCUAUUGCCAUAUUGCAUGAUUACCUCAACUUCGAGUACAAGGCAAAGUAUCCGAAAGAGCGGGCGCGCAUCUUCAACGGGGAUAAUAUGCCAGGUCUCAUUGUGGAGGUGCCGCAGCAGGAGAAUCUCACCGAUUGCGGUCUCUAUCUGCUGCAGUAUGCGGAGCAAUUCUUCACAAAACCCAUCGUUAACUAUAAGCUGCCCAUUAGGGAGCUGAUCGAUUGGUUUGACCUGCUCACAGUAACCAAGAAGCGCGAGGAUAUCGCCAAUCUCAUCCAGAAGCUGAUGAAUGAAGGCAAUCAGCAGGGCAUAACAUUGCCCGUCAUAAAGUUUCCCACACUGAAUGGC